GAUGGAAUAACAAAUACUUCUUUAAGCCAAGAUAGCUUACUUUUUAGGAAAUUUUAAUAAAGUAUUAGAAAUAUGGUAAUAAAAUGACUAUGAUGAUGAUUACUAUUACUUUCUUGUUUCAAGAGCCUUAAUUGCAGCUAGAGAAUUGAAACCAAAAACUAUAAGAUUAACAAAGAAACCAUCUUCUAAAUUAUUGGAGAUCACAGAUAUAGUCAGCAGAUUUAUGGGUCCACUUAUAGAAUAAUAGAAAUCAGAUACUACUGUUGAUGAGGAUAGAAAGUAAAUAGAAGAAGUAUUGAAAAAACUUAAAGACAUCAUUCCUCAAUAAAAUUAGAAAAUCAUAUAAAUUAUAUGUGCAUAUAUGUCUGUGAAUUCUUGUGAAGCACAAUAUGCAUUAUAAUUAGAUAUGCCAAAGGAUGCAUUUUAAUAGGAAUUAUUAUACCUUUAAUUUAUGAUAUAUUUAAGAGGAAGAAGAUUUGAUUUAGCCGAAUCCACAUUAUUAGAUUUGAGGAGAUAUGAUGAUGAAGAUAUUCUAACAUAUCUUGCUUAAAUAUAUUUAAAUGUAUAUAUUAUUAUAAUAUAUAUAUAUAGCUAUAUAAUGGAUAACCAGAAUAAGCAUAUAAAUCAAUUUAAGAGACAAAAGAUAGAUUUGGAGAUUCCUCAAAAUUAAUGAAUUUAAUGAUCACUUGUCUAAUUCAGUAUAAUAUUUUCAUAUAAGUAUUUUAGUUAAAAUAAAUUUGAAGAAGGUUUUGAAUUAGGAUAAAAAGUGAAAACUAUUAUAAUAGACAAUGAAUAAUUUUCAGAUCGUCAAGAAAUGGAAGUUUGCUUAUCUAAUUUAAUAAUUUUAUGUGAAUUAUUGAAUAAAUAAUAAUAAAAAGAAGAAUAUAUUUAAGUUUUGGAAUAAAUUAAUAAAUCAUGUCAUUUUUUAAAGAGAUAUUAAGAGAAAGUAAAGAAAAUUGAACAAUUAUUAUGAUA